AUGCGCACGGCUUUUUUGAGCAACGAUUUGAGCGCCGGGGAGACGUCGAUUUCCUCGAGGAGGACGAUUGGGGCAAAUUUUACGAGGAGAUGUGCCGUCGCGAGGAACGAGAACAGAAGAAACAACAGAAGAAAUAAACGACAGACGAACGAGAGGAGCAGUAUUAAAGCGUCCGGGUUAUUAAACUUUGGACACGAUGAACUCUGGACGCCGGAAAAAGCCGCCGCGGUAAAACAGGCGGACAUGGAACGAAAAGCAUCCUUGAAAGGGUUGACGGAGAGCCAAAUUCGUUUGUUCGGGUUGACGCCGGAGCAAACGAGAAACGCGCAAGCGAAAAGCUUGGUUUCGACGGAUACGAUUUCGGCGAGGAUGAGCUAUCGCGAUCAGUUUCCAUCGGACGCGAAUCCUCCGGAGAGUGGGAAUAUGUCCGGGGCGACGAUGAUGGCGGGAGGGAUGGCGCCCGCCGGCGCCGUGGCGCCGCCGGAUUUGCCCAGUUUGUUGUUAAACGCGAGAAUUUGUUACAUUGGUAUGUCCUUGGUGCCAGCGGUGACGGAGUUGGUGGUUGCGGAGUUGUUAUAUUUAGGGUACGAACAAGCGGAGAAGCCGGCGUAUUUGUACAUUCAUAGCGCGGGGUCGAUGGGAAAGGAUAAGGAUGGUCGAGACGAAGUCGUUGGCGUGGACAACGAGGCGUACGCGAUUAUCGAUACUAUGCGAUAUAUCAAGCCGAAGAUUCACACGGUUGCGGUAGGGAAGACGUACGGGAACGCGGCGUUAAUUUUAGCGGCGGGGGAUAAGGGGUGCCGAUGGGCAUUGCCAAACGCGCAGAUUGCGACGGCGCCGCCCAGGUUGAAUAGAAUGUUUAACACGUCCACGGACGUGCAAGUCAGAGCGAACGAAGUCGACGUGUGCGAGAACUAUUACUUUGGUUUCAUGCAAGCGUUUACUGGGAAAGAUAAGGAAACGAUUGCGAAAGACAUGAGUCGAACAAAGUAUUUCACGCCGGAGAAAGCCAUCGAGUACGGGUUGGUUGAUAAAAUAAUCAGCAAAGGCGCGAGCAUCGCGGAAAAUAAGAACUACGAGUUGCUGUUGGCGCAGCAGCAAGCGCAACAACAGGAAAUGCAAAGACGCCAGGGGGCGCAAGGCGCACCGAAUAGAGGUUAA